GGGCUUUAGACAUUCUGAGCCGCCAAGCGCCCCCUGGUGGACAAAACGCACCCUCCCAUUGGAACCGUUAUACCCUGUAAAAUCUGUCCUAUCACGAGUUUCAGGUCUUUGAACCAAUCACAGCUCCUGUCUCAGGAUUUUCCACGUUGCAAUACAUUUUGGAAAGGUGGGACUGGGACCCGAACUUACAUAUUCUACUAUUAAAAAUUGUAGUAGCAAAUUUAGCAGUUUUAAGAGUAUCAAUUUUUAGUCUACAAAAAAAGCUUUUGUAAAUUAGGUAAUUUGUUAUAAAACCUCUUUACACUGUCACUGCAAUGUCCCCGGGUCAUUCAGUUUCUGGAGUUCCUCAAUGGGAACAUCGCGUUCGCUUCAUCCUCUGUUUGCUGGGUUUAGUCCUGUCGGUUUACGCGCUACACGUCGAACUUUCCCGGGAGAAUGAUCCGGAAUAUCGUGCGAUGUGCGACCUGGGUCAUUCCGUGAGCUGCUCGAAGGUCUUCACCUCCAGAUGGGGACGUGGAUUUGGACUCGUCCAGAUCUUCACUUCCAAAGACAGCGUGUUGAAUCAGCCGAACAGUGUGUUGGGAAUCAUUUUCUAUACACUUCAGCUGGGUUUGGGUCAGCUAGUGUCCGGCCGAUCGGCGUUCUUCCUCGUCAUCUUCUCUUGGGUGUCAGUGGCUGGAUCAGUGUAUCUGGCUGCUAUUCUUGCCUUCGUCUUGGGUGAUUUCUGUGUGGUGUGUGUCUCCACCUACAUCAUAAACUUUGCACUUCUCUACACAAACCUAAAGAGAAGGACAGGACUGGAGGGACGCCAGAAGAGAGGGAAGAGUGAAUAAAAUCAGAGUUUGAGAGAUAUUAAGGAUUAAGCUGCCUCUAACUUCUGCAGGGGGAAAGAGGAACACGCAUCAAAUAAAACAUUUGACAGAUUUUGGGGCUAAAAGGGUAUAGUAACAAUAAUCUGGACUUCAGAUGUUCAUGAACACAAAUUGAAGAGGAAACUUCAAUUUUAUUGUUUAUCAUCACAGAUUUUUUAGAAUGAGGAAAGAACAUCUUCAUGGAGGUGAUGAGUUACCAGACAGUGUGUUGUAUGAUGAUGAUGAUGACGACGAUCAUGUGAUUUAUAUCCAGGUCAGACUGUUACAUGUAGUUCUGAUCAACAUUUGAUUAGAGAUGAAUAAAGUUAGAUUUUCCAUCAAAUGUUUAGUGUAUAAUUAUUUUUUUUGCCUUAAUCCCCCACAUGUCUUCCACUAUAUAAUUUAAGAUAUAGUCAGAUGUGAAAAUAGUGCUGAUUUCUGACGAUAAUGUACCAGUCAUGCAAGAAAUGUAAUGCAAUACACUUGACUUUAUAUUCUUUAUUUUUAACUGGUGAACUAAAUUAUUGUACGAUGA